AUGAACCAAAAGCUCGCCAUUCUAGCGCCCCUGAAAGAACAACUGCCGGGCAUCGAGCUAGGUAGUGUGGACGGCUUCCAGGGCCGCGAAAAGGAGGCAGUCAUUGUCAGCCUUGUCCGGAGCAACUCUGACGGAGAAGUAGGGUUUCUUGGCGAGAAGCGUCGACUGAAUGUGGCAAUGACGCGACCCAAACGCUCGCUGACGGUGAUCGGAGACUCGGAGACAGUCAAGAGAGGUAGUAACUUCCUUAAGCGAUGGAUGGACUUCCUCGAGGAGAACGCAGAUCUGCGUUAUCCGGACUUGUCGUCACUUCAGGGGCAUUGA